AUGACUGGUGUCAGCUGUGCCAAAGCCCCGAGGGAGGAGGAGGAGGAGGAGGAGGAGCGGCCGCAAGAGGCGAGGAUUCUCCGCGCCUCUAGCCAAGUGGACCUGAUCGAUGGCCCUCCAGACUUCAGCCUGUUUCAACUCUCCGCCCGCCGAGUGCGCGUCUGGGUCCCGGCGGGGGUGCGCGCUCGGCGCCGGGAGCGCGGCCAGCCGGGUCCCGAGGCGCCCGGAGACCGAGAGCCGCCCGGACCCCCCGCGCGCUUCUCGCCGCUGCCCGCUCCGGGGCCGGACUGCGGGGGCCGGCGGCGCGCGCCGGGCACCGCCGGGCACCGCCGGGGACCGCCGGGCCGCGCGUCCAUCGAGCCGAAGCGUCCCGGCCGGGCCGUGCGGAGCCCCGGGGCCGGCGCGGGGGGCCGGGCUGGGCGAGGGGAGCGCGGCCCGGCGGGGCGCGGACCCGGACUUUGGCAAGGGCGGCGCGCCGGGGCGGAGGCGGGCGCGGGCGGGGACGAGCCCCGGGAUGCAGCGGCGGCGGCGGCGGCGAGUCCCCCCCGGUGCCCCGAGGCCGGGCCGGGCUGCGGCAGAGGAGGCGGCUGCGCCCCGCGCGGGGGCAAACGGGAUGGAGCCGGCAAACUUCCGCCCGGCCGGGCCAAACCCAGUUCCCGUCGCCUGGAGAGACCCCCGCCGCGACUCCCGGUGGCGGGGGUCGGUGCGGGGGGGGCGCGGGGCGUCCUGGCCGAGGGCCCGCGGCGGCCAACAUUCCCAUCUGGUGUUCAUUCAUUCUCUCCGCCCGCCUCGGCGGAGCUCUUCUCGGCCAGGAUCUGCCUCAAGGAGGACUGCCUCUGGUCCCCCCUCUGA